AAAAUUAACCAUGAUUUUAUUAUAUUAAAAAUGCAGUCACGUUUUGGUGACCGUAGUUUAUGACCAAUAUCAUGGUUAAAGGAAUACUUACCCAAAAAUGAAAAUUCUUUCAUUUUCAUACUUUUGAAUUGUUCUAAAUCUGUAGAAAUGUCUUUGUUCUGAUGAACAUGGAGUACGAUAUUUGGAAGAAAGCUUAUAACUAGACAGAUUUUACCCCACUUUGACUCCCAUAGUAGGAAACAUUACUUUAUCAUUGUUUUGUUUUGUUGUUCACCAUGGGCGCCGUAAAGGGGUGGAAGGUUAGGACGAUUCUAAGGGCCCAGGCUGAUUUAGGGCCCAGAAGAGCAGAUCCCCUUUUUAUUUUCCUAUUUGAAGGGGGCCCAGAAAUUUUGGUUUCCAUAGGGCCCAGAAUUUCUGGCGGCACCCCUGUUGUACACAAAAAAUACAUUUUGAAGAAUGUAGGACAGCAAAUUGUUUUGGGGCACUAUUGACUACCAUUGUAUUUUUUCCUACUAUGGUAGUGAAUGGGGGCAAAAUCUGUCUGGUAAUAAGCAUUCUUCCAAAAAUCUUUCUCUGUGUUUAUCAGAACAGAGAAAUGCUUACAGAUUUGGAACAACUCAAGGGUGAGAAAAUGAUGACACAAUUUUCAUUUUUGGGUGAAGUUUGCCUUUAAACUGUGUUAUAUGUGUAGUUCCUGUUGUUACAAUAGGCUACAAUAUUUAAACUGGUUACUGUGGUAAAAUCAUGAGUAAUAUUCGUGAGGGUCACCGGUGGGUUCUUUUAGUCAACAACUUGUCUGAGGCCAGCAGUCCAAUGUCCACUGUAGCAUAUGUCAACUAAUGAAAUGUUUCAUAAUUGUUUUUAAAUAAAAAUGGAUUUUACAUCGUGAUUUUUAAAUAAAAUACCAUUUAAGAAACGUGCUCGUGUUUGUUGUCUAUAGCAACCAAACAAACAUGGCCAACAGCCGCGCGAGCAGCACGAAACGAGUCUUUAUCAACAACAUCGACUCAUACUCGUCCAGAUAUAUCGCUCAGUUCUUGUCCUCGUGUGUGGUCGGGGAAUCUCUGGAUGAUGCUGAUGAAGAAGAGGAAAAACAUCCUGCGUCUUCAAAAGACACUUUUAGCAUAAUCGGAACAGUUGUGGAUAAAGAUGGAGAAAAGCUCAAUUUCGCGUCGGAGAAAUAUUCACUUCUGAGUCGAGACGAGCUUCUGCGGUGUCUAAUGCAGUGUGAUGUUAUUGUGUAUAAUAUCACUGAAAACGCGGAUCUGAUAGAUGAGGCGACAUGGGCCAUAUCAGCUCUGCACUCUGAAAUCGAACAUUUUGGUGCCCCCAAAAUAUUUAUCCUACUGUCACCCAUCAUGACAUGGGCUAUGACCAAACCAGCUGAUCCUGACGAUCCUGAGAUUCCUUUGAGUGAAGAUGACUACAGGAGAAGAAGACCACAUCCAAACUUUAAAGAACACACAAGCACAGAGAAACUUGUGCUUAAACUGGGAAAAACUAAAAAGUCAAAGCUGGCUACUUAUGUUGUAACAGCAGGGCUGCAGUACGGCAUGGGCGAGAAUGUGUUCCACUUUUUCUUCAAAGCAGCUUGGCUUGGACAGCGCAGCAGCGUUCCAAUUUUUGGGGCCGGCACAAAUGUCAUUCCAACAAUUCACAUCAACGACCUUUCAAGAGUGGUACAAAACAUCAUUGAUCACCGACCAAAAACACAUUACUUCAUUGCUGUGGAUGAAUCCAAGAACACUUUUGAAGACAUAGUGAAAGCCAUUGCAUCUGCUCUGGGUUCUGGAAAAACAGAAAUGGUCCCAAAAGAGGAAGCGUGUGUGACAAAGGAAGUUACGGAAACUGACUUGCAUUACCUCAGUGUCAACCUUCUGGCCGAGUCCCUUUUCUUAAAGGACAGAUUUAACCUCCGCUGGGAUUGUGAAACUGGAAUAGUCGAUAACAUAUUUACUGUGGUGGAGGAAUACAAACGGACAAGGCAACUGUUGCCAAAAAAGAUCUGUCUUCUCGGCCCCCCCGCAGUUGGCAAAAGUUCAGUGGCAGAAAAGCUGUGCAAAUAUUACAAACUUCAACAUAUUCAUGUGCAGGAAGCCAUCGAUGAGAAAAUCAGAAAACUGGAAGAACUACUUGAAGAAAAUGAGAAGACAAGCGAGAAUGAAGAAAUGCUUGGUGAUGCUCAAAAUCAGCUUGAAACUCUUACGAACAACAUGCUUGAGAAUGACGGCAAGUUGGAUGAGCAACAAGUGAUUAAUAUCAUAAGAGAGAAACUCAAUUCAAUGCCCUGCAGGAAUAAAGGAUUUGUUCUGGACGGCUACCCAAACACCUAUGUGCAAGCUAAAGAUAUUUUUCGUGACGAAAACAUUGAGGCAGAGGAUACCGGAUCAACAAUCCCCAGUUAUAGUGAGGUGUUAAUUCCAGAGUUCAUCUUCUCACUUGAUGCCACAGAUGAAUUUCUUAAGGAGCGUGUUAGAAAUCUUCCACAGAGUGUGGCAGAGGACAAGCACCAGACUCAAGAUGAGUUUACAGAGAGUCUUGCAAAAUUCAGAGAAGCUUUGGCAGAAGACGAGUCUGUGUUUGAUUAUUUUGAUGAGCUGGAAAUUCACCCUGAACACAUCGUGAUUGACAGUGUGGAUGACUGUGAAAAUAUGGUGGUGUUGGAGAAGAUUAUUAAAUCAGUGGGAAGGCCAUUGAACUACGGUUUGACUCCAGAGGAAAAAGAGGAGGUGAGGAAGAAGAAGGAAGAGAUGUCUCAACAGGAGCUGAAACAGAAACAAGUGGAAAAUGAACUUAGGGAGACAGGGGACAAUGCCGAAAUGGCUGCGCUUCUGGAGCAAUGGAACAGGAACCUGGCUGAGGUGAAGAGGCAGGAACAUGAGAUUUUAGAGGCACAGUCUGUUCCCAUGAGGCACUACCUUAUGAAAUAUGUUACGCCUACUGUUAUACAAGGACUGGUGGACUGCUGUAAGGUCAAGCCUGAUGACCCCGUGGAGUUUUUGGUGUUCUUUCACUCCUUUUCAGGCUGAAUAUCUAUUCCAGAACAUCUCUGAAGAUUAGCAAGUGAAGAUGUACAAAUAAAACAUGUAAAAUGA